ACCCGUCCAUCAUCCAUCCGUCCACAACCACAUAGAGAGCCAGUAAACACCGCGCACGCAAACGCAACAGCGAGAUCGUGUCGAGCAGCCGGGGCGACUUGCGAGGCAUGGACUUCCACCACGGCUGCCACAACAGCAGCAUCCACGCGGCGGCGGCGCCGCCGGCGCGGCCGUGGAGCAAGGAGGAGAACAAGAUGUUCGAGAGCGCGCUGGUGAUGUGGCCCGAGCACACGCCCGAGCGCUGGGCGCUCGUCGCGGCGCAGCUCCACGGGCGCACGCCGCGGGAGGCCUGGGAGCACUACGAGGCGCUCGUCGCCGACAUCGCACUUAUCGAGCGCGGCGGGGUCGACGUGCCCGCCUGCUGGAACGACGACAACCAAGUCCGCGGCGGCUGCGAGGGUGGCACUGGCAACAGCCGCCGCGCCGGCGCUGACCGGGCGCACCGCGAGGGCCGGCGCCCCGGGAAACCCUGGAGCGAGGAAGAGCACAGGCUCUUCCUUCAAGGGCUGGAGAAGUACGGGCGCGGGGACUGGCGUAACAUCUCGCGCUUCACGGUGCGGACGCGCACGCCGGCGCAGGUGGCCAGCCACGCGCAGAAGUACUUCAACCGGCAGCUCAACCCCGCCAGCCGGAACUCCAAGCGGAAGAGCAUCCACGACAUCACCACCCCUUGACCCUGGCCGCCGACGGCGACGCGCGCUCCCUGCUUACAGCCACUCAUCUCAUCUCGAGAUCAGAAUAGAAGAAACAAGUAGGCAUUACUCGUAGUCCAUGACAAGAGCUAAAUCCUUAGGUCGCAUGGUUGGGUCGUUCCAGUCAGCAGCUAGCACAUGGUUUAGGCUUACUCGUAGUCAUUAAAAUAGAAUUAGGAGUCCAAACAUCUAAUGGAGUCUGACGUGGCACCGUCGCGUCGAGUUUAGGCGAAUGCAGAAUGGGAUGAGUUUCUCGCUUGAGAAACACCGGUUUCCUGCCUGUAAAUUUUCUUGUUCCCGCUACUGACCCGGAAACGAAAAACGGUUCCGUUUUCAGUGUUAUUUAGAUUUAGAAUUUUAUAAUACAAGAGUCAAACGAAAAACGGUUCGGUUUUCAGUGUUAUUUAGGUUUAGAUUUAAAAAUACAAGAGUCAAACUUUGGUCACAAAACGGCAUCCGAAAAAUGCAGAACCAAAUUGUAAUCCUAUCAAUGCCCGAGUCACUGUUCUAGUAUUGUAUUGGUUUAUCAAUGGUGCUUUUAUUUUUAUAGUUGUAUUGUUGUUGUCUGGGGGUGUUCCAUUCCAUCCAAAGGAAACAGGCAAUGCGUACGCAGGUGGACAACACGUGUCGAUCGCUGACGACGAGACGGGCGGUGAGGCUCCAGGGCUUGAGCAGUUGAGCGGCACGUGGUAGCAGCAAAAGCAUCUUUGCGUCGUCACCGUUCUUGCUCGACAACAACUUGGAUUAUGUGCCACAAGAUUGCAUAAUAAAUUUAUGCACGCGUGCAAAACCUGAACAGAGACUAGGCAGUAGGCACACAGUCGACAUUAUAUUCAUCGUUGGUAAAACUGUAUAAGAGGUUGCUUUGUCAUAAUAAAUAAUCAAUAUACAAGGUUACCAAAAAAUACUGGCUAAAACAGUUGACCUGGUUUAA